GGCCUGUGUGAUGGUCAGGUGAUCAGGCGUGUUGCUGAAGAUGGCGUGCUGUGGAGGCAGUUUGUGUUGUCAAUGCUGCUGCAAUGAAGGCGAAACAAGAACACCAGAGGAGCUGACAAUACUGGGUGAAACCAGAGAAGAUGAGGAUGAAAUAUUGCCGAGAAAAGACUAUGAGAGUUUGGAUUAUGACCGGUGCAUUAAUGAGCCAUUCCUGGAGGUUUUGGAGGGGUUGAAUAAUAAGAAAGCCAGAAAGUAUGAAGCGAUAAAGUGGAUUUUGGUUUUUGCAAUUGGAGUAUCAACAGGACUGACUGGCCUGUUUGUUGAUUUCUUCGUGCGGCUCUUCACUCAGCUGAAGUUCCACUUGGUUGGACAAUCUGUGGAGGAAUGCAGUGAAAAUGGCUGUCUAGCUCUCUCAUUACUGGAGCUGCUGGCUCUCAAUAUGAUGUUCAUAUUCAUCUCCAGCGUUCUGGUGCUCAUUGAGCCUGUUGCAGCUGGGUCUGGUAUCCCAGAAAUUAAAAGUUACCUGAACGGCGUAAAGAUUCCCGGCAUUGUGCGUCUGCGAACCUUCGUAUGUAAGGUCACAGGAGUCCUGUUCGCUGUUGCUGGAGGAUUGUUUGUGGGUAAAGAGGGACCAAUGAUUCACAGUGGAGCAAUAGUAGGAGCAGGACUUCCUCAGUUUCAGAGCAUCACCUUCAAGAAGAUCCGCUUUCACUUUCCCUAUUUCCGCAGUGACAGGGACAAGAGGGAUUUCGUGUCGGCGGGUGCAGCGGCUGGAGUUGCGGCUGCCUUCGGGGCACCCAUAGGGGGCACACUCUUCAGUCUGGAGGAGGGGUCGUCCUUCUGGAAUCAGGCCCUCACAUGGAAAGUGUUGUUCUGCUCCAUGUCAGCCACUUUUACACUCAACUUCUUUCGUUCUGGGAUCAACUUCAAUAAAUGGGGAUCAUUCCAGCUGCCUGGCCUGCUCAACUUUGGAGAGUUUAAGUGUGUAGAUGGAGAUAAGACGUGUCAUUUGUGGACGGCCGUAGAUUUGGCGUUUUUUGUGUUGAUGGGGGUGGCAGGAGGUUUGCUCGGCGCUCUCUUCAACUGCAUCAACAAACGCCUUGCAAAAUACCGCAUGAGAAACGUUCACCCCAAAGCAAGAUUCAUCAGGGUGCUGGAGAGUCUGCUGGUGUGUAUGGUGACCACACUAGUGAUCUUCGUGGCGUCAGUGACUCUGGGGGAGUGUCGAGAUUUAGCUUCCUCCAAUAACAACACAUCAACACAGGGGUCUGUAAAUGAGGAGGUGAACUCGACCAUACGACGCUUCUUCUGCUACAACAACACAUACAAUGACAUGGCAACCCUGUUCUUCAACCCUCAAGAGGUGGCAAUCCACCAGCUCUUCCACCAGAAUGCUACCUUCAGUCCCGUCACCCUCUCGCUGUUCUUUGUGCUGUAUUUUUUUCUGAGCUGUUGGACAUACGGUGUGUCCGUCCCCAGUGGUCUGUUUGUCCCGUCUCUUCUCUGUGGAGCUUCACUUGGGCGCCUAGUGGCCAAUGUCCUCAAGAUUAACUUCCACAUGCAAAUAUAUUCGGGGACCUUUGCCUUGAUUGGAGCAGCUGCCUUUCUAGGAGGUGUGGUCAGAAUGACCAUCAGCCUGACAAUCAUCUUAAUUGAAUCCACCAAUGAGAUCACAUACGGACUUCCCAUUAUGAUAACACUGAUGGUGGCCAAGUGGACGGGAGAUUUCUUUAAUAAGGGAAUAUAUGAUAUUCAUAUUCACCUAAAGGGAGUCCCACUGCUGGAGUGGGAAACAGAGGUCGAGAUGGACAAAUUAACGGCCAGUGAUAUCAUGGAGCCCAACCUGACAUACGUGUAUCCUCACACUCGUAUCCAGUCUCUGGUCAGCAUCCUGAGGACCACAGUCUAUCACGCUUUCCCCGUCGUCACCGAGAACAGAGAUAAUGAGAAGGAGUUUAUGAAGGGCAAUAUCCUCAUAAGCAACAAUAUCAAAUUUAAGAAAAGCAGCGUGUUGACGCGUGCGGGGGAGCAGAGGCGGAGGUGUCAGUCCAUGAAAUCAUACCCGUCAAGUGAGCUGCGCAACGUGUGUGACGAGCAGGCUGCUGUGGAGCCGGCGGAGGAAGGGCAGGACAUCCUUCAGCAGAUGCUGGAGAGGAGACACGUGCCGUACCCAAACCUGUACCCUGACCAGUCUCCCAGUGAGGAGUGGACCAUGGAGGAGAGGUUCCGGUCGCUCACCUUUCACGGGCUCAUCCUGCGCUCACAGCUCGUCAACUUGCUGAUCCGCGGCGUCUGCUACGCUGAAAACCAGUCGAGCGCCUCACAGCCACGGCUCUCUCAUUCAGAGAUGACUGAGGAUUACCCACGAUUCCCUGACAUCCACGAUCUCGACCUGGCCCUUCUCAAUCCACGCAUGAUUGUGGAUGUGACUCCUUACAUGAACCCCUGUCCAUAUACAGUCUCUCCAAAUACACGCAUCUCCCAAGUAUUCAAUCUGUUCAGGACCAUGGGACUUCGACACUUACCUGUAGUUAAUGCGGUGGGCGAGAUCGUGGGAAUAAUCACCAGACAUAAUCUUACCCAUGAGUUUUUAGUUGCUAAACUCCGACAGCAUUACAUCACAAUCUAAGACUCCGUCUGCGAUCAAGCAGCCAAGCUUGAGUGAUGGCUUUCUCGAGGUGAGAAGAGCUGAACGCUGAGGGACCUGGACCCCCACUUCAGGUCGCACCCUAAAGCCAUUCCUAAUAUCUGCGUGGACCGCUAGAGUUCGGUACCUGACCCGCCCACACACACACACUCUCUCUCACACACACACACGCCUCAUGCUAGCACUGAUGCAGGUAAGGUCCCGUUCAUCAGCGCCGCCUGUGCUUUACCAACCUCACUCUAGCACUUUUCAUUUUAUCUCUCUGAGUUCUGAAUGUUUUAAUAGUGCUCACCAUUUCUGUGUAUUUCUGAACGUUUGCUUUUGCACAAAGACUGAUGUAAACCACUGAUCACAGUCCUUGGUUGAAAGGGUAAAUGUCAUGAAAACUGUCAAGAACAUGCCUGGGUCAUCACCCUGAAAUCAAAAGGAAGAAAUAUGUUUGCUUAUUUUUGAUUUUAUGCAUGUCGUUUUUUUUUUUUGUUGUUGUUUUUUUCAUUGCAGUUAAACAUUUUCUCCAAAUUACUGUACUGCCAAAAUAAAUUUAAAUUGUAUUGCUAUAAUUAAUGCUGAUUUAAAUCAAAUCAGUGCUUUACUGCAAUACAAAUAUUUUAUUUUUUAAAAUGUUUAAAAAAUAUUACUGUAAUGGAAUAAUAAAUGAAAAGAAAAGUCACCAAUAUAUAUAUAUAUAUCAUUUGAAUUAUGGGGUGUAACUGUAAUAUUUUGCAGUUAAUGCCAAAAGACAAUAAAAUGUUUUAAAUUAGGCUUCAUUUACUAAACAAAAAUAAACAGAAUAUUUUUCUUUUCUUUGAUUUGGGGUGAAAUGUAUGGAAGCCUGUUUACGCCGCUGAACAAAAAUUAAAAAAGGUAAUUGCAACUUUAUCUCACAAUUCUGCCUCUUUUUUUUUUCUCAGAUUGCAAUUUUAUAUCUUGCAAUUCUGAUUUUAUAACAUGCAAUUGUGAGUUUACAUCACAUCAGAAAUUACAAGAUGUAAACUCAAUUGCAAGAGAAAAAAGUCAGAAUUUUGAGUCACAAUUAUCUUCAUUGUUUUUAUUCAGUGGUGUAAAUGGGCUUCUGUAGAAGUGACCUAUUUUCAUAAGAUCUUCAAUGCAAUUAAGGAAAAACCAUUAAGCAUGUGGCAUUAAAGAAGUGUUGUUAGACCCUUUCUAGGACUCAACAAUCAAAUGUAUAUGGAUUUUCAUCUCAUAUAGUCAUGCCAUUUUCAAUAAUGCCUUUUUUCUAGUGACACAUUUACUCUAUUUCGAAAUGCAACGUAAAGUUAUUCAAUUCCAGUGUUUUGGCAUUUAUUCCAAGUGAAGAAUGUUUUAGUUGUAAUCGUGGCAUUAAUGUUUUUAUGGUUCUUUUUCCCAUUCCGUUGAAAUGCCCUGACAUUCAUGACGUUGUUUUGUCAGGGAAGAAAGUUCUCAGGGUGUGUUUGUAAUAAUGGACUAAUCAAACCACCAUAAAAUCACUGAAUUACAGGGAUUUAUGUAAUGCAUAUGCUUGUCUUCAUAACUUAACAUACAAUCAUGAUAUUAGUAUAUCAUAAUUUGACUGUGGUUUGAUUUCAAGGGACUUACAAGAGCAGACUAAAUAGUAUUAGAAGAAAUGAUGGCACAUUUGUAUACUACACAUUCCUGACAUAUUUUUUGUUUACUGUAAUUUUCUUUUUUAAUUGAUUUAUUUAAGAUGAUGGAUAUUUUGUCACAUGCUGCAAAAAAAGUUUUAAUUUAUGCUUUAAAAUGUCGUUUAUCUAUUGCAGUUUUUUUUAUUGUGAUGUGGAACUAUCAGAGUUUUAUUUGAUGUGUUUUUUUAAUGUAUGUAUUAUAACAUACCGUUUAAUUUCUUGACUAAAAAUGUGCUGCAGGUUUGGAGAGCCGACUAAACACCAUCCAUCUGUUAUAAAAGCUUCAUAAACGAUA